AUGCAAGCACCUGCUCGACGCUCGACCUCCAUGCGCACACAAUUCAAACAGCGUGGGCGGCCGCUGGGAAUGAACGUGGUUGAAGUGGUUGAGGAGGAGGGCAAAGAGCUCGUGCACGAAGCAGAGGACAUGGCAGAGAGGGUGGGUGUGCAUCCACAGCAAUCACAACAACGCCACCACAAUGAACGCGGCGGCACUGCUGCAACCACAUUGCCUGCGCCUGUACAUGGGCCAGCAGCGCCACCGUCCCUGACGCAUGCCAUGAUGCCGACAUUGUCAACGACACCAAUCAUCACAAGCACAUUGCCACCGCUGCAGCGGGAUUGCAGUGCAGACGCCGAUGUUGGCCUUGUCUGCAGCAACGGCAACGACAGCAACAACAGCUGUGAUGGCAGCAGAAACAGCGGCAGCAGUAGGGCUUGUCCACCCUCCUUUCCUAACACGGUGCCGCCGUUACCUCAUGUCUGCGACGACUGCAGCGACAGCGCCACGGCCGUUCUUGCACACAUCAGUGGCAGCCUUUCCGUCACCAACUCGCUUGAUGGCAUCACCAUCAUCCUCAUCGUCGUCUUCAUCACCCCAUCGCCGUCAUCAACAACAGCGGCCACAGCAGCAGCACCAGCAGCACCACCGGCGAGCACUGCUGCACCUCCAGCAUCACUCUCAGCGUCUGUAGCGCUUGCAGACAGAGAGUCGGGGGCGGAGAAGAUUCACAUGCUCGGCUGUCGGCUGUGGCAUCGAGGAUUGGGCGGGCUUUUGAAUCCAAGCGCGCUUCAGGGCAGCGACGAGGAUGCUCGCAACCACCACCGGGUCAAAGUAGCAGACAGAAGGCUUUUCACUGCCCAGCUGCGCAAGCUGUACAACAUCGAGGCAGACCACGUCGUGCACCUCAGGGAUGUGCCACAGCAGCAAGACAGUGUGUCGUGUGGCCUAUUUGCGCUGGCUUACGCCACACUGCUGGCUGCUGGCCUGCAUCCACUCGACUUGAACAGCGUCAGCAUGACGGCACACCAGCUGCGCACGUGGUACUUGCAAGGCACAACUCGACGACGACGACGACAACAACAACAACAACAACAACAACAACAACAACAACAACAACAACAACAACAACAACAACAACAACAACAACAACAACAACAACAACAACAACAACAACAACAACUUCUGCAACAACAACAGCAGCAGCAACAACAACAACAACAACAACAACAACAACAACAACAACAACAACAACAACAACCUAACAACUUCUGCAACAACAACUUCUGCAACAACAGCAGCAGCAGCAACAACAACAACAACUACAACAACUAA